GGGACAAGGACCGAGAUGGGAGAGAAGAGGUCCAGGUUUGUUGUCGCCAAAAUUGAAACCAAGACGCUCAUUACACUUUCCCUUGGUAGUCAACCGACAAACCAUUCCCACUCUUUACGCGUGGUCAAAAAAGGGAUGCGCAUUUCCAGGCCGAAGAAGAUGCGGUGACCAUCACCAGAUAUCAAAACCACCACCAAACAAAAUGGCAUCGGCUGCAACUGGCCAACAACAGCCAUCACACGAGGACCUCCCAGAAUCAGUGUUCAAGAAGAGCUACAACUUUCCGCCUUUCUUUAGCGCCCAGCCCACCUCCUUAACCCGGCAAGCCCAACUGAAAAAAUGGUCUGAGUUCAUCCAGCGCUAUUGCAGACAUUACCGUCUUUUCCAACUCUCAGUCAUUGACACCCUUCAAAGUCCUCUGUUCUACAACUCGAAACUGAGAAAGGGGCUCAGUCUAAAAGAUGCAAAGGCUGUGGUAGAUCACAUGGCCAGUAAAGAAGGUGACGAGAGAGCUGAAUGGCGCGGUCCCGACAAGUCUGUGGCAUGGAUUUGGUGGCGGAAACCCGAAGAAUGGGCAACCCUGAUCGUUAACUGGGUCGAGGAAACCGGUCAGAAGGGCACGGUUUUGACUCUUUAUGAAUUGGUUCAGGGCGAAACGACAGAGAAGCAGGAAUUCUAUGGACUGGAUAUGGAAGUGCUGCAAAAGAGUCUCAACACGCUCGUCAAGAAGGGAAAGGCGCAAGUCUUUGGAACAGAGGAUCAGCAAGGUGUCAAAUUCUUCUAAAUGGUGUACAGCCAGACAAGGCACUCCAUACCGGCUGUGGCCCUGAAACGCCAAACAUUCAUUCGAUUCAUCAGAAUACGUUAUCAUCUCUCGACAACUCGUGCGGUUUCGUUGGCAUAAUCUCCUGGGAGAUUGCAGUUUCCAGAAGCCAGCUUGACGUCACGAUUUUAGGCACUUUCCGACUGCCCUCAGCCAUCUCUUUGAAGCGUGACCAUAGACCGUGAUGGUCGCCUUCUUCGUGACUCAGCAAAUAUACAUCGUGGUUGUCAUCGGUAUCUGUAAACACCUCGCCGUCUGCUCGUCCGGACGGAACUAUCGUUCCUUUGCGAUUCUUCCACAACAUACACCGCCCACCGUUGGCUUCUACAAUGGCUUUGUAUACGUCAAAGCCCCUAGGGAUAUUCUCCAUGCAGUAGACACACCGGCCCUGAAGAAGUUUAUUUGCAUUCUUUUGCGCCCGCUGUCGAGAAUUAUCCAGAUUGAGCUGAAUGUUCUUCUCGCUUUCUUUGUCGCGCAGCUUGUACUUCUCUGGGUCGAGUAACUUGUCGCCAACAAGACAAUCAUCAAUAAAAUCCGUCGAGAUAACCAAGGGCGCGUAAGCAAGAGCAGUCACGAAUUUCACCGUCCGGACAAUUCUGGGGGCUGCAAGAUGUGUCGCUUUGCUGGCGUCGGAAGUAACGAGAAUCCCGAGGUCGCGAAGGUGUUUCUACAACAUUAAUGGAAAGAACACAGAUGCGGAUGCUGAAUACACUCACCUUGUCAUGAUCCUCGACUUUGCUCUUAUUCACCCACCUCUUGUACCCAGAAACCACAAGACGAAUUGUGGGGGCAUCUUCGCGCUU